CGCAAGCUCUCUUGUAUCUCCUCCUCCCUCCUCGCGUCUUCCAUCGAUCCGCAGCUAGCCAUGAGGCCGAGCGCCGUGCUCCUCGCCGCCGCCCUGGCGCUGUUCCUUGUGUCCGCCGCGCGCGGCGACGAUGGCGACUGCGGUGCCAGCGACGCGGUGGCGCAGGGCGACCGCGCGCGGGCGAAGACGCUCAAGAUCGCGGCCUUCUUCUCCAUCCUCAUAUGCGGGGCGCUGGGCUGCUGCCUGCCCGUGCUGGGCCGCCGCGUGCCGGUGAUGCGGCCAGAGGGCGACGUCUUCUUCCUCAUCAAGGCGUUCGCGGCGGGGGUCAUCCUCGCCACUGGGUUCAUCCACAUCCUCCCCGACGCCUUCGACAAGCUCACGUCGCCGUGCCUGCCCGCCGGCGGGCCGUGGCAGGAUUUCCCCUUCGCCGGUUUCGGGGCCAUGGUCGGCGCCAUCGGCACGCUCGUCGUCGACACCGUCGCCACGGGGUACUUCACGCGCCUCCACUUCAAGAGCGGCGGCGGCGCUGAGGCGGCGGCGGCCGUGAGCGCCGCCGUCGGGGACGAGGAGAAGCAGAUGGGGGCGCCGCACGACGGAGGCGACCACGAGGGGCACGUGCACGUGCACACGCACGCGACGCACGGGCACGCGCACGGGUCGUCGGCGCUCGUCGCGGCCGUUGGCGGCGGCGAGGGCGGCGACAAGGAGCACGCUCUGCGCCAUCGCGUUAUCGCUCAGGUCUUGGAGCUGGGGAUCGUGGUGCACUCGGUGAUCAUCGGCAUCUCCCUCGGCGCGUCCGAGGACCCGAGCACCAUCAAGCCCCUGGUGGUCGCGCUCAGCUUCCAUCAGAUGUUCGAGGGCAUGGGCCUCGGCGGCUGCAUCGUUCAGGCGAAGUUCAACGUGCGGUCCGUCGUGACCAUGGUGCUCUUCUUCUGCCUGACGACGCCGGUGGGCAUCCUCGUCGGCAUCGGCAUCUCGUCGUCCUACAACGAGAGCAGCCCCACGGCGCUCAUCGUGGAGGGCCUCCUCAACUCGGUCGCGGCGGGGAUCCUGGUCUACAUGGCCCUCGUCGACCUCCUCGCCGAGGACUUCAUGAACCCCAGGGUGCAGAGCAGAGGGAAGCUGCAGCUGGGCAUCAACGUGUCCAUGCUGGUCGGCGCCGGGCUCAUGUCCAUGCUGGCCAAAUGGGCUUGAUCAGUUCAGAUUAUGUACUGUGACAGAGGAAUUGCAAUAGCCAAAAGAGAGAGAGAAAAAGAAGGAAAUGCAAUUUUGCAUUUCGUCCAAAUUUUGUGUUUUGUAACCAUUGGGAAACGAGUAAACAUCAACUGCGAUCUCCGCUGUUCCCCGAUC